AUGAUGCAAUGGUCGUCCCUCGUCCAGAAAGCUCAGUCCUUCAUCGACCCGGCCAACUUUAAUAUCCCCAACCUCACCUCCUCCUCCGACCGGAACCCCUCAAAAGCCUCCUUAUUCCGCCAGCAGUUCCGGCUCCCCGAUUCACAAAACCCGCUGCAAGAGAUUACCGCAGAGCUUAUACUACCUUUAUCACAGUCCACAGCUUCCGGGAAUCAGUCUCGGAAUCUCGAUCGCGGCGGAAAUCGGUAUGCCGGUAGGCUGCAUCUGAGCGAGCGGUUCAUCUGUUUCUCGACGCAGCCUACUAGCUUCGUACCGUCUGCUACGCUUGGUGCCUCGACACAUUGGGCGGGUCAAACAAAUGGUACGGGCCCAUCCGGAAAUGGGUUUACGAUUCCUCUUUGCUGCAUCCGCAGGGUAGAGCGGCUGAAUAGUCUCAGCCAUGUGUUUUCACUUGCAUUGACAACGUGGAAUGGCGCACUGGGCAAACAAGCGCCUGGUUACAUCCCGCAGAGAUUUACACUCGAAUUGGUCGGGAGCAGGCAGGCCUGCGAGCGGUUCUGUGAUACUCUGAAGAAAAGUCUGCGGGAGUCUAUGAAGGAGAUAGAAAGUCUACGUUCCGUCGUUAAUGAUUGCUACUCGGAGUAUUUGCUUUCGGGCGCAAAGUCGAAGAGUCAGUCGCCUGAUGCCGCGGAUGCGCGACAGCCUCCGGACGCUGGUCUGGGGAUGCUCUUCCGCUACCCGGGUGACGCCCGUAAGCUGAGAGAUCGGAGUAAGAUGAGACUGUGGGGAGAAUAUUUCCGAGAAAAUGGCCGUAACGCAACUCUGAUUCGGCAGCCUACGUUCCAUAAACUCAUCCGUGUCGGUCUUCCCAAUCGUCUCCGUGGUGAGAUUUGGGAAGUAGCCUCUGGGUCACUAUACCUACGGUUGCGGUCGCCGAAACUGUACGGUGAAACUCUCGCCAAAUUCGAAGGCCAAGAGUCGUUGGCAAUCGACGAAAUCGAGAAGGACCUGAACCGUAGUUUACCCGAAUACGCGGGCUUCCAGAGCGAAGAAGGAAUCGGCCGCCUGCGAAGGGUUCUUACUGCGUAUAGUUGGACCAAUGCUGAAAUCGGCUACUGUCAAGCGAUGAACAUUGUGGUUGCAGCACUAUUAAUAUAUAUGUCUGAAGCGCAGGCCUUCUUUCUGCUGUCCGUCCUGUGCGAUCGCCUCGUGCCCGGAUAUUACUCGACUACUAUGUACGGGACACUGCUUGACCAGAAAGUGUUUGAAUCCCUUGUCGAAAAGACUAUGCCGGUGCUGUGGGAACAUCUCUCCAAGUCUGACGUCCAGCUUUCUGUUGUUUCUCUCCCCUGGUUCCUUUCCCUAUAUAUCAACUCCAUGCCCCUGGUAUUCGCCUUUCGAGUUCUCGAUGUGUUUUUCUUGGAGGGUCCCAAGGUUCUUUUCCAGGUCGGAUUGGCUAUCCUUCGUAUCAAUGGAGAAGAGCUGUUAGACGUUCAGGACGACGGUUCCUUCAUCUCGGUCCUCAAAUCAUACUUUUCCCGUCUGGACGAGUCGGCUCACCCUCGAUCGGAAAACCCCAAGCUUCGAGCCAUUACUCGGUUCCAAGAGCUGAUGGUUGUCGCUUUCAAGGAGUUCUCUCAGAUUACACAUCAGACAAUCACGGAGCAGCGUGAGAAGCAUAAAGAUGCUGUUCUGGAGAAUAUCGAAAGUUUCGCCAAGCGAACAUCGAUUCGAAACCUGGGACCAGACAGCAAGAAGCUGAGUCUUGAGGAUCUCGGCGCGGUAUACGACCGCUAUUAUGAAAUCUUAUACGACUACCAGCAAAGGCAGAAGCUGCUCGAAGAGGAGAAGAGGCGGCAAGAAAGGAAGAAGUCUGAGCGGAUUUCUGUUAUUGGGCCAGUCGUGGAUACAGAGGUUGGCCGCGUCGGACUUGGCCCUAGCCCGACGCAUAUGGACUACGAUGCAUUCAGAGAGUUCCUUGCCGCUACGUCAAAGUGGGCCAUAGCUGACUCCCCUGGCCCGUCUCGAAAAGAAUCGACAGCCGACUCGGGUAGUUUCAGAGGGUUUGGCCGAUCCUCAUCUAUCUGGAACAAUAGACCUUCCCCGGCGGACCACGAAUUCAUGCAGCGUCUUUUCCGCAAGUGGGCUACCGAUCCAGCAGAAGGGCUGAGCUUGCAGAAUGUGGUCAAUGGGAUCGCGCGCCUCAAGGGCCCACGCGAUAUCAUGAACAACAUCAGCUACUUCUUUGAUCUCUAUGACGACAAUGGCGACGGCAAGGUUGACAGAGAGGGUAUUCUCCGAAUGUCGGAAGCGUUACUCUUCCUAUCGAGGCGGGGAUUCGAAGGCACAAUCACCCCUAGUCAAAGUACGGAAGACCUGAAGGAGGGUCUUGAGCAAGAGAAGCUCAGUACCGGUGAACGAUUCCUCGGCAGCGUUAGCUCAUUCAUCCGCCGAUGCUUUGAGUACGCUGAUCCUACGAACAAGGGCAUGGAGGAAGAAAAGGUGGCCGAGACUGCCGAGAAGCUCGACUCGUUUGCUAUCGGGGAUGAUGAGGAGGAUUUGAUCGACAUUGGAGAUGACCAUGUAAAAGCCAAGUCAUCAACACCAACUCCCGACAUCGAAACCCCAGAGACAGCAAAUAGUGAACCCACAGACACGACACAGCGUCACCGCAGCGUAUCCGAGUCGGCCAACCCCGCUUUAGAUCCGAACAAUCCCCUUCACAUCACCCUUCCCACAUUCCGAAUGGUUGUUCUGGCCGACGAGUUGCUUGAGCAGUUCUUCGACGCGUACUUCCCACAGUCAUUCCACCUCUCCGACCAAGGAGCAGCGGCCACACUCCUCCCAACUCUGUCAUCCAACCUCACCACAUUCUCCAACAUUGGCGCUGCUAAACCACAUGUCAGUGCGGCUGCCGGUGCCACCGUUGCAGGCGCAUCUGGCGGUAUCGUUCCACCAAACAGAGGCCUCCGUGGCGUUCUUGACAACAUUGUCUCGGACGGCAUCCGCAUGGCGGCCGAGGUGAAGAAGCGCAUGGAUGAGGCACAGCGCGAUCUAGAGCGCAACGCACUCAACCGCGAAGACGACGAUGAAGAAGAUGAGGACGAUGACGGACCGCACAGCGCCACCGCACCAUCUAUGGUUGGGGGCAUCUCAUCCUGGGGUGCAGGAGCCUACGGCGCGGACCCCGAGCGCCGCAGCGUCCGAGACACAGACCGCGAUUUGCUUGAAGGCGCCGAAGUCGUCAACAUUCGCGGCCGCGACGAACAGACCUCGUCACUCAUCGACAGAGACACACAGCAAGGUAGCAGUCAAGGUGAACCCACCCGCGACGACAACGUGGUCAGUAAGGUAGUAGAGUUCGAGUCAUGA